AUAGUUUGUAUGUGGUCGCCGCGGAGACUCGCUAUCGCGUGAGACGCCAUGUUUGAUCGUAGCUAAUUAAUUGAACACGGCAAGAAUUUUACCGUACUAUUUUGUUAAAAAUAAAGACUAAAAUCAGUUAACUAGGACUAAUAAAUAUUUACAAUGUCUGGUGGAAGUGGUAGCAAUAGGAAUGAGUGCAGAAUAUACGUUGGUAACUUACCUCCAGACAUAAGGACAAAGGACAUUCAAGACCUAUUCUAUAAAUUCGGCAAAGUUACCUUCGUCGACCUGAAAAACAGAAAAGGACCACCGUUCGCUUUUGUGGAGUUUGAGGAUCCCAGAGACGCGGACGACGCGGUGCGCGCGCGCGACGGUUACGACUACGACGGGUACCGGCUGCGCGUAGAGUUCCCCCGCGGCGGGGGCGGGGGCGGUCGCGGCGCGCGCGGCGGGGGCGGCGGGGACCGGUUCCCGCGCGGCGCCGCACGCGGCCCGCCCGCCAGGCGAUCGGAGUUCCGCGUGCUCGUCACUGGACUGCCGCCCUCGGGAUCUUGGCAGGAUCUGAAGGACCACAUGCGGGAGGCCGGGGACGUGUGUUUCGCGGACACCUUCAAGGACGGCACAGGCGUGGUGGAGUUCUUGAGGCACGAGGACAUGAAGUACGCUGUCAAGAAGCUGGAUGAUUCGCGCUUCAGAAGCCACGAGGGCGAGGUGUCGUACAUCCGCGUGAAGGAAGACUACGGCGGCGGUGGCGGCGGCGGCGGCGGCGACAGAUACAGCGGCGACCGAGACCGGUCUCGCUCGUACUCGCCUCGUAGACGCGGCUCGCCCACAUACUCGCCCGUGCGCCGCAGCUAUUCGCGCUCUCGCUCUCGCUCACACUCUCGCAACCACAACUACUGAG